AGUGUUUUGUUGACAAAUUUUUAAAGCACGUUUUGUUGAAUAUUCUGAAAUGGGGAAAUUUAGAACAAAAUUUAAAAAGGCGAAAGGACUUGAAAUUGUUCCUCAAGAAAAUAACGAGGAAGUAAUUCUUAGUGAAAAUCGAAAAUCGGACGAUAAGCCGCUUAAAAAGGAAAAAUGGAUUAAUCGUCAGCGUGUUCUGGUACUUUGUGGAAGAGGUAUAAACUUUCGUGAUCGUCACUUAAUGAAGGAUAUAAAGACUGUAAUGCCACACCAUAAAGCUGAGACAAAGUUGGAACGUUGGAAGACGUUAAGUGUGAUUAAUGAACUUGGCGAGAUGAAGAAUUGUAAUAAAGCAAUGUACUUCGAAGGACGUCACAAACAAGAUCUUUAUAUGUGGCUUUCAAAUCUUCCGAAUGGACCUUCAGCAAAAUUUUAUGUUGAAAAUAUCAGCACAAUGAGUGAGUUGAAACUUACUGGAAAUUGUCUUCGAGGCGCUCGACCACUUCUCUCAUUUGAUGAAAAAUUCUCGAAAUUGCCUCAUUUGAUGCUACUUCGUGAAUUGUUAACCCAGGUUUUUGGCGUUCCAAAUCAUCAUCCAAAAUCCCAACCAUUCGUUGAUCGAGUUUACACAUUCACAUUUCUUGAUAAUCGUAUUUGGUUUAGAAACUAUCAGAUUUUAGCUGAAGAUGGAGCUUUGGCAGAAAUUGGACCACGUUUUGUUAUGAAUCCAGUGAAGAUAUUCGCAGAUUCAUUCACUGGCGAUCCACUUUGGGAGAAUCCAAAUUAUGUCACUCCAGCAAAACAUCGGCGGAUGCUUCGAAUGGCUGCAAAAGAUAAAUACGUCAAUAGAACAGAUGCAAAAGUACGUUAUGAAACAACUCAACCAACUGAAGCUUUCAAUCUCGAUAAAAUUGGACAACAAGUAUUCACAGAUAAUGAAGAAAAAAUGGCUGAGAAACUUGUGGCACAAGAAUCUUCUGAUGUGGAUAUGGACGUUGAAGAUGAUGAGGACAACGAAGAAAAACGAGCUCAAAACGACAUUGAACGCGUUAAGAAACUUAUCGAGAAAUUAAAACCAGGAAAAGAUGGCAAAAAGCUUGUAAAACCGAAAAAGUUUGCGCCUACAACAGCAGGAGGAAAAAUUGUCAAGAAAGCAACCAACAAGAAAUCGAAAAUGAUUCAAAACAUCAUCAAAACUAAGAAACUUGGCAAGAAAAUGAUUGCUCAACGUGUAGGUUUCAGAAAUUUCUCUUUAUCCUCUAGAUUUCUUUGUAACAACAAAAUAAAAGAUCUUUUGGAGAAUGCAGCGACAGGAAAAGCCGAAAAUCCACAAUCUGAAGAUGAAGUUUGGUCAACGAGUCCAUAUCCAGAAGGUGCGGUGUUUUCAGAGAAACGUGAUCAAAGUAAGAAAGUUGAACGAGUCUUACAGGACCCUAAAGAAACUUCAAUAAUACUCUUCCCUGGUCAGGGAAGCCAAUAUGUUGGAAUGGCUGCAAGCUUAGUGAAAAUUCCAGAAGCGCGAGACAUGUUUGAAAUUGCAUCUGAUGUUCUCAAAUAUGACCUUUUAAAGUUGUGCAAUGAAGGACCAAAAAAAAAACUUGACCGCACGAUUUAUGCACAACCAGCAAUCGCUGUUACAUCGCUCGCAUCAUUACAAAAACUCAAAGAAGAAUGCCCCGAUGCAAUUAAUAGGUCUGUUGCAACUGCUGGCUUUAGUUUAGGCGAAAUUACUGCACUUAUAUUUGCUGGCUCAAUUCCAUUCGAUCAGGGAAUAAAAUUAAUUCAAGUUCGAGCUCAAGCGAUGCAAGUGGCAAGUGAACAAUAUCCAUCGGGAAUGGCUACAGUGAUUUACGGACCCGACUCAGAGCUUGGUAAAGCUUGUGAAAAGGCUAAGGAAUGGUGCUUGGAAAGUGGCGUUGAGAAUCCUGAAUGUUGCAUCGCAAAUUUUCUUUUCCCACAUUGCAAAGUCGUUGCUGGCAGUCUCGAAGCUUUAAAUUUCCUCGAAAAGAAUGCGAAAGAAUAUAAAUUGAGAAGAGUUAAACGUCUCCCAGUCUCUGGGGCUUUCCACACAAAGCUUAUGGAGUCAGCUGUUGAACCUUUUACAGAAGCACUGAAGAAAAUAAGAAUAGAAGAGCCGAUGAUCGCCGUUCACUCAAAUAUCCACGGAAAAAUUUAUCGUUCAGUUUCACAUAUUCUCAAAGAAUUACCCAAACAAAUUGUGAAACCAGUGAGAUGGGAGCAGCUUCUUCACAUAGUUUACGAACGUAAACAAGGCGUGCAAUUCCCAAAAACCUACGAAUGCGCCCCUGGAAAUACUUUAACUACGAUCUUGAAACAAGUCAACGCAAAAGCUUGGAGCACGGCAUUGAAUGUUGAUCGGAAAGAUUUCAAAGACGAGAGAAAAGUUGAAGCUGCUCAAUCUUGAAUGGAAAAAAGAAUUUAAAAUAGUAAAAAUGAAUAAAAUUUAAAAUAUUU